AUUCGUCUACUUUCUUCUAAUAGAAGAUUUAACUAUUAGAAGUUGAAGCUCACUGCUUUUAGAACUGACAUCUCCCAGAACUUAUCUGAGCAUUUUAACUGAACCAUCACCAAGAAAAUGACUUGCCAGACCUACAGCUUCUUUGUUCUCUCUGUCAUCAUGAUUUAUUUUGGACGUUUUGGAAAUAGCUUAAUUCUUGCUCAACUUCAAAACGAUAUAGACCAACUGAAAGCUGACUUUAACUCAAGUCAUUCAGAUGUAGCUGACGGUGGACCUAUUUUUACAGAGAAACUGAUAAAUUGGACAGAGAGAAAUGAAAAAAGGAUCAUCCUGAGCCAGAUUGUUUCCAUGUACUUGGAAAUGCUUGAAAACACUGACAAGUCAAAGGCACAUGUCAGGCACAUAUAUGAGGAGCUCUAUACUCUGAAAAACAGCCUUCCUGAUGGCUUAAAGAAGAUGAAAGACCUCAUGGACCUGGCAAAACUUCAGAUGAGUGACUUGAAAAUUCAACGCAAAGCUGUGAAUGAGCUGUUCAGCGUCUUACAAAAACUGGUGGAGACUUCAACUUCCCUCAAAAGGAAGAGGAGCCAGUCUCAGAGGAGGUGCAAGUGCUAGUGACAUCUUAUGACCUUUUGUACUGAGCUAUUGUGCAAAUUUUGUUAUGAUGCACAUUUUUUUAUUUCAAUCUUUUUAUUGAGUUUUUAUACAUUUAUUUAUUAAU